AUGGCUCAGAUCCCUCACGAUGCCGAAAGCACCGCUGCCGGAGUGCUCGUCUACUCUAUUGUGUGCCUUUUGGCAAGUUGUCUAGUCAUCUGGCUAGCAUGGCAGCAUCACGAACGGAUAAGCUAUGUGAACUGCCUGGCAUAUUUCACGGCGCUGAGCACGCUGUGCUCCAUUAUACAGCAAAUCCGUCUAAUUAUAUACUGGGAGAACAUCAUGGCAGAACGCUUUGAUUAUGCUUCGGCCAACUUUGGGAAUCCGGAACUAGUAAUUUCGAAUAGUGCUAUGGGGCCUGACUUGGUGUUGUAUUACAUUCAGUACUAUUGCUACAACGUACUCGCACUAUUUGAGUUGUUCUGGGCCUUUGCAUUGGCACAGUCAGUCUACGGCCUCAACGAAAAGCCGAAGCUCAAGAAACCUCUAAAGAUCAUUAACCGAAGUGGCAAGAUAUUCUCAAUCUUGUUCCCUCUCAUCACGACUACUUCACUUCAGUCUCCAGGAAUCCGACAAAAUUUUGGCGGGUUUUUGUUACUGGCUGGACAGCCAUUACUAUGGAGUAUUGGGUUUGGCAGUCUCGCAAUUCUGUCAAUCCUCAUACGGUACAUUCAAUCCAGGCGUAAGCUUCAGAACCUAAACGUCGAUUAUGGCCAAUCCUCGUCGACAAGAGGAUCAAAGGGGCGCAACCCCCGCAAGCCAGGAAUCUACGAUCGAUGGCUCAUGACGCGCUUCAUGAUUUCGUUUGUCAUCCUCACUGUCUUCGAACUUACCAUCAUUCUAUUUUCGAUGAGUGCCAGGAAAAACAUUGAAUCAGACACCCAGAGAGCUUUGCCUGACUUUUCAUCGAAGCGGGCCAAGCAAGACUUCCUUCUCUUUAUGCCCGGAGUCACGGCGUCGCUACUCGUCUUUUUUGUCUUUGGGACUACAAGGCCUUUUCUCGAGUACAUGCGAAAGUGUCUUUUCUCGCCGUGGCGCAGGCGCAAGAGCACUUCAACCGAUGCCUUGCCGCUACGUUCGAUCCAAAGCAAAAGCAAAGAGGCCGAAGGUUACGAAGUCGCAGUGCCAGAGAUUUCGUACCAACGAGACCUUCGCAGUAUUGUCAUAGACGGCCCCGAUGGUCGUAAGACUUAUGAAGUCUGGGUCUAUGCGGGUAGUCCGAAUAGUAGGAUAAUGGGGGAUUAUCAACAGUACCCAUUUCACCAGGACCGCUCAAUGGCGCCUAGCGGAAAGAGGGGAUGA